CUUAUUCACAGAGAAGAGAAACCUCAUGUGUGCGAGAUAUGUAAGAAGUCCUUUACUCGAAAAGGAGAUUUAAACACGCAUAUGCCCCUCCACACAGGAGAGAGACCUCAUGUGUGUGAGGUAUGUAACAAGUCAUUUGUUAAAAAAUGUAAUUUAAACAACCAUAUGCUUCUUCACACAGGAGAGAAACCUCAUGUGUGUGAGGUAUGUAACAAGUCAUUUGCUCAAAAAGGUGAAUUAAGAAGACAUAUGCUUAUUCACACUGGAGAGAAACCACAUGUAUGUGAAGUAUGUAACAAGUCAUUUGCUUAUAAACCUACUUUAAACUGCCAUAUGCUUCUUCACACUGGAGAGAAACCUCAUGUGUGUCAGGUAUGUGACUACUCAUUUGCUGAAAAAAGUCAUUUAAACAACCACAUGUUAAUUCACAGAGGAGAGAAACCUCAUAUGUGCGAGGUAUGUAACAAAUCAUUUGUUCAAAAACAAUCUUUGAACAAGCAUAUGCUCCUUCACACAGGAGAGAAACCCCAUGCGUGUGAGGUAUGUAACAAGUCAUUUGUUCAAAAAUGUAAUUUAAACAACCAUAUGCUUCUUCACACAGGAGAGAAACCUCAUGUGUGUGAGGUAUGUAAUAAGUCAUUUGCCCAAAAAGGUGAAUUAACAAGACAUAUGCUUAUUCACACUGGAGAGAAACCUCAUGUAUGUGAAGUAUGUAACAAGUCAUUUGCUCAUAAACCUACUUUAAACUGCCAUAUGCUUCUUCACACAGGAGAGAAACCUCAUGUGUGUCAGGUAUGUGACUACUCAUUUGCUCAAAAAAGUCAUUUAAACAACCAUAUGUUACUUCACAGAGGAGAGAAACCUCAUGUGUGUGAGAUAUGUAAGAAGUCCUUUACUCGAAAAGGAGAUUUAAACAAGCAUAUGCCCCUCCACACAGGACAGAGACCUCAUGUGUGCGAGGUAUGUAACAAGUCAUUUGUUCAAAAAUGUAAUUUAAACAAGCAUAAGCUUCUUCACACAGGAGAGAAACCCCAUGUGUGUGAGGUAUGUAGUAAGUCAUUUGCUGUAAAAUCUAAUUUAAAAAGCCAUAUGCGUAUUCACACCAAAGAGGAACUCCAUAAGGUACAUGUGUAACAAAUCGUUUGGGCCAUAGAAAAAUUGAAAGACUCGUGUUUACACAUAAUAAGAAGGCUAAUGUUUUUUGUGGAAAAGUUAGAUUAAUAAGAACCUUUGGUUAUGUGUGCAGUAAAGACUUGUCCAUGCUGUAUAGAAAUGUCUUUGUAUGUGGUGUGUUCAACUUGUCAUUUCAUUUAAAUUCUUAAUAAAUCAUUUAUUUCUUUCUGCAAGAGAAAAACCUGAUGAUUGCAAGAUUGGUCGCAAGUCAUUUUAAACUGCUGCUGAUUUAAAGCAGCAUUUUCUUAUCCCGAGCAUUUAAUGAGUAAUGAAAGUUUAAAACAGCAUAUUCGAACAAUCAAAAGUUAGACACUGAUUAUAAUUUUCUGAAUAAGAAAAUUUUAUGGAUGGGUCAUUCCUUCUGUUCAUGUUAUGUCAUGAAUUGUUUGAAAGCUUGAAAUGUUGAACAUUUUAAUUUGAAUGGAAAUUCCCUUCAUAUUUUGCACUGUUAUCCACUCUUCAUUACAUUUAUGUAAAAAAGUGCAAAAUAUGAAAUAUAUUCUUUUGUGGUAUCAUUAGUGCUGUAAGAUUUAAGUAUUUCUCUCCUCCUCAUUAGCAUUUUUAAUGUUGAGAAUGCUUAGCAUUGAGAUUUUUUGCAAGCUUAUGUGUUCAGCUUAUGUGUGAAUGUUUAAAACAUUGACUUUGAACUGCUUUCUUUGAUGCCACUAAUGCAGCUUGUAGUGUUUAUGAAAAGAAAUCAAAAUUUCUUGAGGAAGUAAGGUUUU